UGAUCAAUUACGCCGGAGGUUGCUUCUAACCGAGUAUGAAGCACAAUUUUCGCUUUAAACUGUGCAUAUGCUCGGCACAUGUUAUCGGAUAAAUAGCUAGCUAGCUCGACAGCUUAGGUACCGCCGCACUAGAUAGCUACUUUACAACACAGGUUACAAGAGUGUUCUUGUCCAAAAUCAAUGGGCAAGGACGACGACGACGAUGGCGAGCACACAAGGGUCCGGUGGUUGAUAACCGUGGGGCGCUACGCGGCGGCGGUCCUGGUGACCGCAGUCACUGUGGCGGUCAUCGUGAGGGCCGCGGCUGUGUCGGCGCGAUCCGAGAAGCUCUUCAUCAACGUCGUCAACGCCACGGUGACCGUGUCCGUGAGCAAGUCGGUGAAGCCGACCCAGGUGACGCUCACUCUCGGCCUCGUCUCGCAAAACCCCAGCGGCCGCGUGGGCAUCAAGUACCAGGGCGUCAACGUAACCCUCCUCUACCCGAACGGCACGCUCAUAGCCUGGAUCGGCAUCAACGACAACCCCAUCGAUGGCAUACAGGUGGGGCCGGAGCUCGCGCGUGAUUCCUUCGUAACGACGACACUGGACGUGCCGGCCGACGUGUCGCCGGAGUUCGCCGCGAUGAUGAAGGCGCGCAAAGGGCGACGGAGGGUGGACAACGCGACGGUGCACCUGAACGGCACGCUCCAGACGCAGAUCUCCGGGCUCAACUACACGCACGGGGGCCACGCCACACAGUACAGCUGCUAUCCCGUGACCAUCGGCGACUUCUCCAGGCUCAACUACACGCAUACUGGGGAUGUGUCAUGCGUUCCUUCCCCGUCCAACGGCAACAUGCAGCAUUUUUUGUGUUGGAAAGCUGAAUUAGUUUGGUGCUGCAUUGGUAUGGUUUAUUUCCUUGUUUUCCAUUCAUAGAGCUGUGUCCAUAUUUUUUAUUUGGUGUGAUUAUGCUCCACGCUUGAGAGGUCCUUGUCUCCUUCCUUGUACGUAGUUUGAUCAACCAUUGUAGUUGUUCCAAUGGCUAUGCUUGUGUGGAUUCUCCAGCAGUCUAGCUCCAUCUGCUUGGAUACCGACUUCGUUUUUCUACCGGCUCACACAUCAACAAUCUACCCCUCCCGUCCAAA